AUGAAUCAUUCGCCCGAGACAGGUGGGUGGAAUUGUGCCGAAUUGUAUACAAAUGUUAACCUUGGCUACGGAACAUACCGAUGGAAAGUUCAAGGAAGAAUUGAUCAUUUCGAUCGGAAUGUUGUGUUAGGUCUCUUUUUGUACAAUGGGCCUGAUGGAUCGAAUGAAAUCGACAUUGAAGUGGCUAAAUGGGGCGAGAACAUAACUCAACCGAAAAAUUUAUGCUACACAGUCUAUCCACGAAAUGCAAGUGGUCCACAUCGUGUGUCUGGCCACAAAAGAUUCUCUCUUCAGGGGCUUUACAGCACUCAUCGGUUCACAUGGGCACCAAACAAAGUUACAUUUGGAAGUCAACAUGGAUUUUACGAUUCACCACAUAUGAAUCAAAUUUUUGCAUAUGAGACACCAUCGACAUUUCACCCAGCAAUACCAGAGACGCCCAUGCCAGUUCAUAUGAAUCUAUGGGCAUUUAAGGGCCAUUCACCAAUCAAUAAGAAAAAUGUCGAAGUGAUAAUUCACGAAUUUGCACAUAUUCCAGCCUGA